GACAGGAGGGUGAUUAAUUGUUGCGCGAAGUUGCGAAAGCGAAGGAGCUUUCGUGGAUUGCAUGGUGAAGUGGACCGCAAGCAACCUCUGAGCGCGAUUCCACGAUCGAGCAAGAUCCCCGCGCCUGCUACGUGCAUGCGCGUCUGACUGAGCUCAUUCGUCCAGCGCGGGUGUCUUGUAUCCAGCACGGCAGUCUCAAGAGUGCAGGACGCGGUGGAGAGGCGUCGUUCGGCGUACAUGCGCCCAGCUUAGCCACAUCUGCACGACAACGAGAUGGACGAUCUGAGAGGCUUCUUGAUGGAGGAGAUGGCCGUGGAGGGUUCUGCUGGCAUCACCUUGACAGCCUUACGACAAGCCAUCGAAGCGUAUGAAGAAGAGAGGAUCAAACAGAAUGGCGGCCUCAAACAAUUGUUGGAUGAAUCGUGGACCAACUACGUGUGGAGAUCUAUGCGCGGCAUCCCUGGCGUCGUUGCAGGCGGCCUCAAGACCGUCGCAGAAGCUCGGCAAGAGCAGGCGCCGCGCAGCAAUGACGAGCCGAGCAAUCAUGACGCUACGCCAUCAGCGGGAGAUGCGGCUACCAAGGGCAAAAGGCGACAAAAGCAAGCGAUACAAUCCUUCUUGGACACGAUCAAUGUGGAUGCCGAGACUCGCAGCGCAGACAUUUCUCAGCUAGAGACUCGCCAUACCGACAGGCUACGCUUUGGUCUGACAAGAGAACUCUUGCUCGCCAAGUUGACAAAAGGCGAUGCUUCGAGCACCAUGUCGGACCUGACCUUUGCCACGUUGCAGAUCGUCGUACGAUCCAAGAGCGCCGGCGUUUCUUUUCCCGAGAUUGGCGCAGUGUUGGGUAUAGACAGCAAAACGAUAUUUCAUCACGUGCGCGUCUUGACCCAAAAGAACCUCGUCAGCAAGUACAACGAGACGCGCAACAAGGCCAGAGUGGCCGCCGUCGUUGCGAAUCGGUUCAGGGAAGGCAAUGCGGUGUGGAAGAUGGAGCAGAAUAGCGUCAUGGCCGUCGAAAAGGCUUCUAAAGCUGGAAAGAAUGCAAAGUCGCAACAGCAGCAGCAACGUGCAGAACAUGCUGAUGAGGGUGCUGAUGCCGAUGCCGAUGCCGAUGCCGCUCAGGAGGAAGAAGAAGACGACAAAGCGCAGGAUGAAGAAAACGAGGAAGCCAAGAUGCUCUCCAUCGAGCCUUCUCUCUUAGAGACAAGAAUGGUGCUGGGCGCAACCCAAGACUCUGCCGCGCUUCAUGCAGAGGAGGAUUUCCUUGCCGUGCUGGACUCUAGCACGGCUACUCGAGGCAGUGUGCCGCCGGUCAAUCAGCAGAAAGACGUAAAGGAAGCGGCGGCUGAGGCUGUGGAAGGUCUGGAAGGUGAAGACGCCGAAACGCUCUUGGCUUACCCACAACUCACAAAGAUGGAAGGGCAAGUACUGGCUCGAGAUACGUCCAAAGUGCUCCUCGUGCGCAUCAUACGACUCGCCUACCUCUCCUCCAAUCACAUUCUACCUCGAAAAUUCAUCCGACAAAGACUCGGCUGGCAUGGACAUGCGGGAGCCUUUGGGAGCGCUGCGGGCGUCAAGAAUCGCAUCAGCGCUAGGAUCUACUCGGCCUUGAAUGCCGGAUACCUCGACAACGUACGCGCAAAAACCAGCUCGGGCGGCGUGCAGAAUUGCAUCAGGCUGCUUCCGGCUGGAAUCAAGUGGUCGGAGGAAUUCCUGUCUUCCGCAAAGGACAAGGCGAUGGCUCGUGUGACGGCGAGCCUCAAAUACGAAUUGAACAGGUUGCAGCAGGGCCGCAUUGCUAGGGGCGUCCCUUUGGAGAGACAGUUGAGCGAGAUUGUCUGCGCGACUGGAUUGACCGGUAUCAGCACGAUGCAGCUGGCUGCUGUUCUGGGAGCUACGUAUCAAGGACGCAGAUCCAUCGACCAUCUGAUGCGUUCGAUGGAAGAGUCGUACAACGGUCCGGUCAAUAGGAUCAGCAGGACCAUGUGCGAUGCCCUCAUCGUCGCAGCCACGGACCAUUCGGGUAGGCUAAAGUAUGCUCGAUAUUGGUCACAAUUGGCCCACGCUUGCCUACGCAAGGGUUCGUCGUUGGACGCUACUCAGGAGGGUGAUGUGACGUGGGACGAAGCGCAAGCUAUUCAUCAGUGGCCAUUGUCGGAACAAGCGCCGCCGGCUAUUAGUCGUGAAGAGGUCGCGAAAGCUUGGAGAACGGCGCUGAAGGAGGGCACGGAUGCAGCGCCGGAAGCGGACGAGGACAACGAUGCCAGUGGUAGAGCGAGGAAAAAGUCCAAGGCCACUGGCAAUCACGCUGAUAGCCCCGUUGCGCCCAAGAAGAGGGGUCGACCACGCAAGGAAAAAACCGAGCCGGAUCCGAAUACGCCAGUCGUAAAGAAGAGGAGACCUUAUCCUUUGAAACCUUUCGAGAGCCUCACUCUUGCUGGUCAGAGAUCGAGAAUCAAAAUAGAUAAGCGCAAUAGGGAAGAAGCGGAGGCGGCGGCAGACGCGGCAGCUGCUGAGCGCGCCCUCGACAUGCUUGAAGUUCAGGGGGAACAUGAGGCGCAAGAUGCGACGGCUGGAAUUGACGACGAGCCUCUUCUGACGCCUCAAGAGCAAGUUGAUGCGGACGCACACGAUCCCGAGGAGAGCCUCGAGCGUAGUGCUUCGAUUAGAGAGGCCAGUCGGAACGUACCAGAAGUAUCCGCGAAUGCGUCGCCGGCAGCAGCCACCUCGGCAUCGCCGGCACCUAGUGCUUCAGCUGCAGCCCGAUCCGCCACUCCUGCCAACACUUCGAACAGGGGCAGGUUGCGAGCGAUGGGCAGAACCAAAGCUCGCUCGUUGAACCACUCGCAGGCACGGGACAGCUGGCUCAAGACGCAACGAGCCAAGUACGGUCGAGAUUUGAUGGAAAAGAUUGGAGUGGUGGAUUUCAUCAUGCUGCCCGUCGAGUAUCAAAAGUACGUGCAAGGAGUGCUAAGCGCAGACGCUGCCCAGAUGGAAGUGGGCAAUUGUCAAGAUGUGAGGACGAGGAGACAGAUGGUCGACGCGCUGGUAGAGGUUGGGGCGGUAAAGACUUUCAAGUGCAUAUCUCACUUGACGGGAAGGCAGGUCGAAGUGAUCCAUCACAAGGAUUGUCCUUGGGAAAAGGUGCAACAAUAUACCCAGACAUUGUCCACCUCUGAACAUUCUGUCCUUACCAGAUCGGCACAGAUGAGAGCGGUCUGGAGAGCGGCACCCCUUGCGGGCGUCCAGGUGGACGUACCAGAAGCAUUGCAGGCCAACAAGGCACCCCGCGAUAUGGGACCAUUCAGCCACAUCUUUAGCACGCAAGAAUUGCUCGACAAUCCUAAACAUCACGAGACGCUUUGGCAACUCAGUCUAGCCAGAUAUCAAUUGCUGGGCUACUUGCCCGGCUCCAUUGCCAGACUACGUCACCUUCAUCGCGCCCUCGUCGCCAUCCUCGUGGGCAAACCGGCUCAAGUCUUCUCCUACGUUUGCUCCUCCAUCGGUCAGCCCGACUCGCCAAGCGGAGAAGUGCCAGCUAUCGUCUCCAGACCCAAAUCUAUCAUCAGCAUCGACAAACUGGUCAACGAUACCAUUCAGCUUCGACACAUCUUCAAGAUGUUUGCGAUCGAACCGGAGGAGGAGGUCGUGCAGCUCGCACAAAGCUCGCAACAGUGCGUCAUGGCACUGGGACGCCAGACGGAACGGAUCAGAGGUUCGAUGCAGCAGACUGUCAAGUUGCAAAUUCUGCAGUACUUUCAAAGAUUGCAUAUCCUAGGACUCGUCGAGCCGGUCAUGUGGCAACCGAAUGAGGAGGACGACGACAAGGAUCAUUGUUGGAUCUCGACGGAGAACCAAGAGACGUCUGAGUUUUACGAAGUCAAGCUGGGCUACAUGUCUCAGCUGGGCGUGACGCGUCAAGGCAACGCGAGCUUCGUUGCGCGCAGCCUGCCCUUGUUCUCGGUCGAAGAUUGCGAUGCGUAUUGGUCGACCAUGUUUGCGCGCAAUUACGCCCUCAAGCAUCCGUCCAUACAAGCUGACAAGCUCAAGGAUGCGCCCGUCUCUGUGUUGCUAGGUCUAGAUCUGCACUGGAGCAGGCACAGAUCGUCCAGAUAUUACCUCCUCACAGCUCAAAAGCAAUUCUUGGAGCUGUUCGUCAAAGACGCCAGAAGGAGCGCCUCUUCUCAAACGCAAGAUGAGGGAAACGUCUUUUUUGAUAAUGUGGAUCGUAUACGACGUAUUGCCAAGGCGGUGGUAAUGCCCGUGUGGGCCUUGGUGCAGUACCUGCUCACCAUGAGCAAGACUACUCUUCCAGACGGACAUCCCCUCAAGUCUUUGCGCCACACGUCGGAAGAAGAUGGACGCAGUCCGAGCGCCUUCCGAGGUCGAAGGUUGUUGCGACAAGAAGGUGCCCCACGAGGUGCAGAUUUGGUGCCAGCUCUGGACCUGAAUGAGACUGCACAAUCAGCCGUCGGAGAGAGCGCAGAGGCGCGAGAGAAGAAGAUAGAAGAGAGAGAGGCUAGAAGAGAGGAGUGGGACGAAGCCCUGCGCGAGUUGCUUCGAGAGGCUGGCUUUGAACUGGCGCACGAUAAGGUUUGGGAAGCUAUGAGAGUGCUUAGGAAUACGUAUGCCAAGACGCCAGACGAACUCACCCUGGAUGAAGGCCUCGACAGCGCUAGGAGCGCCAUCAAGGCUCUACGUGACGAGCUCAACCCGGAGAGCGCCGCGCAGCAUGCCGAGAAACCAAUGACGGCUGCAGAGAAGGAGCGGGAAAGGAAGAGGCAGCUCAGGGCGUUCGCAAAAGAGUACCGAGCGGACAAGGAGUCGGGGCCGGUUCGACCUGACACUAGCUUUAGACAACGUCACAGUGCGCUCAUGUGGACCAAGGCGUCGGAUGAGCUUUUACGUGAUGCCGCGGUCAUUCUUAGAGCGAGGGACAAGGAGCGAAACGCGAUACAGACAAAUUGGAUCGCCCUUCGACAGAUCUUUCCAUUUGCGUAUCGUCAGGGAACGGUCAUCAAGCGCUAUCGGUACCUCAUCUCGACCAUCGGCGAAGCAGCGUACUUGGAUGAAUUGGAAGCGCAGUGGACGCGAUUGUGGAAAAAGUAUAGAGGCACGCAGUAUUUGGAGGAUCUUCAUCCUGGUCAUCCUACGCUGUUCGAUCUGCCUCAGCAUAUUCGCUUCUUGCGUAGUCACAUCGAUAAGGAGAAUAUGUGAGUUUGGUGCGCCAGUGCAUCGCAGACCAGACUUGGGUUGGGACCCCAUGAUUGUUGAUCUGCCAUCUUCCUCUAAUCGUCCAUCAGUUACACCAUCAUCGAGCAAGCCGAGGCCGAUCCAUUGCCUUU